GCUCGUGGACAGCGCACCGAGAUUCCGGGGUCGCACGUUUUCGUGAAUUCAACCUGUGGCACUGUUUACAUUUUGUGUUCCUUAUUUUGAACUGGAGAGAAGAAAAUACGAUCUGGAGUUUUAAACAAAUUUUAAAAAACUUGUUCGUUUGAGAGCCACGGCUUCGGCGUGAAAACUUGUAUGCGUGAGAGGGGCAAUUCGAAAUCAGAUUUGGUUGUGGGCUAUAGGAUUUAAGAACGCAUUCUGGUCCUUCACUUUGGCUUUUCUGCGAUGAAGUGCUUUUCGUGGUGAGCAGGUGUGCCGGGCGGCGCAGUUGUCUGACACGGCGGUCGGAGAGCAGUGGAGCUACCGAAAAGCCCGUCCAUUCAGAAGGAUGCUGGUGGGAAAUGCCUGGAGACAGAGAGGACGAGAUUUGUCAGAGAGCACUGGAACUCUUGUCGGAUCUCUGCUCUAAGGGCGAAGUGCAAAGCGACAACUGUUUGGAUUUCAUAUAUUACUUUCGAGAUCUUGCUAGACCGAGAUAUUCGGACUCAGAUGUGUCGGUGAGCCUGUUGUCCCUGGUGGUGACAGCCUGUGGCUUGGCCCUGUUUGGGGUGUCUCUGUUCGUGUCCUGGAAGCUGUGCUGGGUCCCCUGGCGGGGGCGGGCCCUGAGCCUGCUGACGGGCGCUAAGGAGGGGCCGGGCGACCCGCAGGGCGCCUAUGCGGAGUCUGACACCGGCGGGGAUGAGUACGGGCCGGACUGCCUGAAGGAGCCGGCGCUCACGCCCCCGCCCGAAUCCGCCAUGAAGAUCAGCCACACCUCCCCCGACAUCCCGCUGGAAGCCCAGGCCACGGACCGCCAGAACUGCGUCCACAACGCCCGCAUGCAGCGGCAGAUCACUGAGCCCACGUCCUCAGCACGGCACAACUCCAUCCGGAGACAGAUGAACCUGUCGAAUCCGGACUUCAACAUGGCGCAGUUCCAGCGGCAGGAGUCUCUCCCGGGCCUGGGUCUGAGCCUGGGCCGGAUCAAGCCCGAGCUCUACAAGCAGAGGUCUGUGGACGGGGACGAGGGCCGGCGGGGCAACAGCUGCGGCCGCCUGCACCUGGUGCUGAAGUACGACUGCGACCUGGAGCAGCUCAUCGUCAAGAUCCACCGGGCCCAGGACCUGCCUGCCAAGGACUUCUCGGGCACCUCCGACCCCUACGUGAAGAUCUACCUGCUCCCUGACCGGAAGACCAAGCACCAGACCAAGGUGCACCGCAAGACUCUCAACCCCGUGUUCGACGAGGUCUUCCUGUUCCCCGUGGGCUACGCGGAGCUGCCUAUGCGCAAGCUCCACUUCAGCGUCUAUGAUUUCGACAGGUUCACCCGCCAUGACAUCAUCGGUCAGGUGGUGGUGGACAACUUCCUGGAGCUGAACGACUUCCCCCGGGAGACGAGACUCUGCAGGGACAUCCUGUACGUCACAUCGGAUAAUGUGGACCUGGGAGAUCUGAUGUUCUCUCUCUGCUACCUUCCCACUGCCGGGCGACUGACCAUUACGAUGAUUAAGGCACGGAACUUAAAAGCUAUGGACAUUACAGGGGCAUCAGACCCCUAUGUAAAGGUUUCACUAAUGUGCGAAGGACGGAGGCUAAAGAAGAGAAAAACAUCCACAAAGAGAAACACGUUGAACCCAGUCUACAAUGAAGCCAUAGUCUUUGAUGUUCCACCAGAAAACAUUGACCAAAUUAGCCUUUUAAUAGCUGUGAUGGACUAUGAUCGCGUAGGUCACAAUGAGGUCAUCGGGGUGUGCCGAGUGGGCAGCACGGCUCCGAGCCAAGGCCGGGACCACUGGGGUGAGAUGCUGAUGUACCCCCGAAAACCCAUCGCCCACUGGCAUCCCCUGACAGAGUGGGUGGGGCAAGGGACCACAAGUGGGAGCCAAGGAGGGUCCUGCAAUUCUCUGAAACCUCCACCGUCUCCAUAGCCACCAGGGUGGUGGUGGGCAGGGUGAAUGCAGAGCAACAAGGGUUAUGGCAAACAUGUACACUCUUUCAGAACCAGACGACUUGAACUCCACCCAUUGUGUGCCUAAGGAGAGAUCUCUUUGCAUGGGGAUAUUGCGUCAGUUGCAUGUUGAGUGGCCAUUCCUCACUUUUUCUAUUAGGUAAAAAAAUAAAUAAGUAAAAUCUGAAGAUCAAUACAGUUUCGUCAAGGUUUAGUUUGAAAGUAAAUGUCUUGAUGCCUGUUUUUUUUUUUGAUCAGCUGCAUCUUACAUUGUUAUUAUUAAAGGCUUCUUCUGUGUUGGAAUUCUUUGAAUACAGUGUGCAGAUUAUUUUUUUGUUGGGAAGUUUCAGUUUUUAAUCCUAUUUGUUCAGAUUUUUUAAAUCAAAUAUGUGACAAAUUAUAUGAACACAUGUGAAAUGUAAUGUGAGUAUUUAUUUAUUUAUAGAACUAGUAUGUAAAAUGUAAUUUCAAAUGUUAUUAAUAAAUAUUUCUAUAAAAA